ACAUGAAGAAGGAGAAGAAGAAGACGCCACAAGAGGGCAGGGCUAGUAUAACUGUAGAAGAAGUUUCUGGUAACCUUGGGAAGCUACGCUCAUGUUUGCUGUCCAACACUUUUCUGUGUGUAAUUGAGUGUCUCAGUAACUCAGUAAUUCCGGUUGUUAGACGGCGGGAGCUGCAGUACUGACUCUAACCUGGUGCAGGCUAAGCCGAAGCUAUAGGCUGUUUACUAACUGUCAGCAGUGAUGUUCGGCUGUUUGGUCGCAGGGAGGUUGGUGCAGACAGACGCGGUGCAACUUGCCCCGGACAAGUUCCUCUUUAACCUGUCGGACUACGAGAAUGUGAACCAUGUGGUGGUAUUUAUGCUAGGUACCGUGCCAUUCCCUGCCGGCAUGGGCGGUGCUGUAUACUUCUCUUUCCCUGAUCCGGCGAGUGGCGGUCCCGUGUGGCAGCUACUCGGCUUCAUCACCAACGAUAAGCCAAGUGCCAUCUUCAAGAUCUCUGGGCUGAAGGCUGGGGAGGGCGGGGCGCACCCCUUCGGUAUUAUGACCUCUUCUGCGUCUCCCUCCGUUGCUCAGGUCGGCGUGUCAGUGGAGGCUCUGGAGCAGCUGGCUCAGCAGAUCCCGGUGUCCAGCGCCGCCGUGUCCACCGUGGACACCUUCCUGCAGUUCACCCAAAAGAUGUUGGACAGUCUGUACAACUUCGCCUCUUCCUUUGCUGUGUCGCAAGCCCAGAUGUUGCCAAACCCCACAGAGACUUUUAUUCCUUCCAGCUGCAUCCUCAAGUGGUAUGAAAACUUUCAGAGGAGGAUGGCGCAGAAUCCGAAUUUCUGGAAAAACUGAAGGCAUUAAAGACCAAAGAGCAAACCUGCUAAGACAAUUCCCAGGGUGCCUAACAAAAGCAGUGUCGACCUUCAUCUCUGUCACAAUGCCUCUUCACCUACAGAAAAACUGCUGCUCACAAUGACUCCAUCCCAUCUUUUAUCGGUCUGAACAAUAAAGCACUUGAAUUUAAAAGGAAAA